AUGCAAUCCCCCUUCAGUUACACAGACUCCUCCACUUCUUCCUCCUACUCUUCUUCCCCGGGCGGCAUGGACUUCUUCUUCUACGGGCCUCCACAGCCCAUCUAUGAACCUGCCAUGUGUGAUCUCGACGCUGCUGCAAGUCCCUUUGCCGUCCCCGAGGUCGUCUCCGAUGCGACAUACUCUUUCACCAGCUCGCCCUACAUGUACUCCCCCAUGCACGAUUUCCCGCCCGUCUAUGAGAACCCAAUUGCCACCAGCGUGCCCAGUUCGGCAAGCUCGACCUGUGGAAGUACCUGUGGUAGCUCAACUUGGAACAAUGUCGCCGAAGAGGUGCCUAUGCCCAACUACCCCCUCACCUCUGACGACUCGGGCCCGGACUCGCCGCCCGCUCAAUCCAAACCAGCAAAGCCCUUUGGUUGCGACAACUGCGGCAAGUCCUUCACCCGCUUCGCAGACUUGAAGCGCCACCAGACGAGCGUGCACUUCCCCGUCUUCCGCAACUGCCCCGUCGAGCACUGCUCACGCAAGGGGAACAACGGCUUCCCCCGCCAGGACCACCUGGUCGAGCACCUGCGCUCUUAUCACCACCUCGACGUGCCGAAGCGCCGAGCUCUGAAGCGGUCUGCCAAGGAUGCUGCACUCUAA